CAAUCUCUCUCGCUUCUCUCGUUUCUUCACACGUUAUCAUGCACGCGCAUCUGCCAAAGCAAUAGGCUACAGUAGAAGAGACAGAGAAAGGAAAAAUGGGUGACAUCAGUAAAAAAGAAUUCCAAGAACUACAACUUGAUGGAAGUAACUAUCUAUCAUGGGCCAUGGAUAUGAAAAUAAAUUUAAAUGGUCGUGGCCUUGGUCCCGUGAUUAUCACACCCCCCGAAAAUGCUCCAGAAAUACCCCAAGUGGCAAAGUAUGCGGCAUUACAUUUCAUAAGGCACCACCUCCAUCCCGAUUUAAAAAAUGAAUAUUUGAUGGAGGAGGAUCCACUAGCUUUAUGGAACUCCCUCAAGGAGAGAUAUGAUCAACAAAGAGCGGUUAUGUUACCGGAAGCCGAGAGAGAAUGGUCUCUCAUAAGGUUUCAGGACUUUAAGUCCGUUGCGGCAUAUAAUUCUGCCGUGCAUAAAGUUAACUCCAAACUGAGAUUUUGCAACAAGCAAGUUUCAGAUGAAGAUUUAAUCGAGAAAACCUUAUGCACUUUCCAUCCCUCGAUGAGGAUAUUGCAACAGCAAUAUCGUCAACACAAAUACACGAAGUAUUCUGAGCUUAUAUACACAUUACUUCAGGCUGAGAAGCAUGAUGAACUUCUCAUGAAAAAUCACAAUGCUCGCCCAACGGGUGCCAUGCCGAUCCCUGAAGCACAUGCUAAUGCUCAUUUUACUAAUAAAUUUGGAAACCGUAAGAGGAACUUCCGAAAAUUCAAGGGAAAGUGGAAAAACAAUGGUCAAAAGACCAAUGGUCAAUUUAAGGGGAAAGGUCAUUUCAAGAAAAAUGAUCAAAAUGACAACUCUCAAGUUUGUCAAAGGUGUGGAUGUGCGAAUCACCGUACAACCAAAUGUCGUAUUCCCAAGCACCUAGUGGAUCUAUACAUGAAGUAUGGAGGAAAAGGGAAGCAAGUUCAUGGAAAUAAGGCUGAAGCUCACUUCAAUGCCAUUGAAGACAACCCUCAAGCUAGUCCUUCUCAAAGCGCUGUUGAAGAAUUCAAGCCAAAGGACAACAUCAUCCUCGAUGAAGACAUGCUUGUGGACUACACCCAAGAUGUUUUUGGAGACCUCAAUUGAUCUCCUAAACAAUUGAUGUCACUUAGCUACUCAAAUACUACGAUUUGUUAUAUAUUGUGUAACAAUAAGUAGAAUAAAAUAUUUGAGACUACAUGUAUUGUAUUAUGUGAAUCAGACAUAAUAUUGUAAUGUAUUUAUAUUUCGAAUAUGUAAUAUAAA